AUGGCCACACCCAAGAAGUUUCACACGCUUGUGGAACUGCAACAGAAAAAAGGGAAACUAUUUGAGGUCUUCGGAAACCUCACCCAGCCUCCUAACUGGUUCCACUCCGAGUACCUAAAAUGUCCGAAAGCAGUUAACCUGGAGGCGUGGCUGGUGGAAGCGAUAUUCGGCCAGGACGGAGAGCACAUCCCGCACGUCGAGUGUGUUACCCACACCCUGCUUCACGUGAAUCGGUGGAAUCCUGACGGCGAGGCUGAGAUCUUGAUAUUUGGCAGGCCUUAUUACCAACAGGACGUAUCCGAGAUGAUCAUGAACUUGGCUGACCAUUUCCGCCAGCUCCGGAUGCAAAGUACGGGGGGCCGGGGAAUGGGGAGGGCCAUCCCGCUCAAAGCCCCGCUCUUUGGGAGGGAUCCUGAAGUUUCACCGCUGCAAUCUCGCCCUCGGUUGGGCGGGGAGAGGGUUUCGUCUUUGCAAGGCUCAGAGAAGGCUGCUACCCAGGAGACUGGGACCCAGGGAUCUCCAGCCAAGGUUCCUGAGACCGGGACCCAGCAGCCUCCGGACCUGGAAGUCCAGGAAACCGGGACUCAGCCGCCUACCAAGGCAGCAGAGGACCCGGUUACCAGGUUAUGA